AUGGAGGAGGCCAAGGCCUCUGACUCUUCCAGGAGCCCGGAAACACCCCCUGAGCCCCAUGACCCUGCCAGUUCCCUGCCCCCGACACCCCGGAUGGAGAGCUACUCCAAGGAGGAAGAUCCUUCCGGGGCUGGCGGUGGCCUGGGCGGCAACAGCAGGGGUCCCCGGACCCAGAACCCCAGGAGCCACUCGGCGGAGGCGGUGCUGGGCCGCAGGAAGCACCGCCGGCUGCCCUCCAAGCGCAAGCGGCACUGGCGGCCCUACCUGGAGCUGAGCUGGGACGAGAAGCAGCAGCGGGACGAGAGGCAGAGCCAGCGGGCCUCCCGGCUCCGGGAGGAGAUGUUCGCCAAGGGCCAGGCCGUGGCGCCCUACAACACCACCCAGUUCCUGAUGAACGACCGGAACCCCGAGGAGCCGGACCUGGACGUGCCCCGCGGGGCCUCCCACCCGGGCUCCGGCGAAGAGAGCGAGGCGGAGGGCAGGGGCCGGCCCGGCCAGGCUCCCGGCGAGUUCCAGCAGAGGGACUUCUCCGAGACCUACGAGCGCUUCCACACGGAGAGCCUGCAGGGCCGCAGCAAGCAGGAGCUGGUGCGGGACUACCUGGACCUGGAGCGGCGGCUGUCGCUGGCGGAGGAGGAGACCCGGCGGCUGCAGCAGCUGCAGGGCCGCGCCAGCCGCCAGUCCUGCCGCCAGGUGGAGGAGCUGGCUGCCGAGGUGGAGAGGCUGCGGACAGAGAACCAGCGGCUUCGGCAGGAGAACGAGAUGUGGAAUCAAGAGGGCGGCCUUGGCAACGGGGAGCCAGGCACCUAG